AUGCCUACCACCCCAGAGCCUACUACAGCCCCAGAAGCUGCCCCAGAAGGUGCCCGAGAAGCUGCUUCUGGAGGAGAAUCGAAGCCCUAUUCUACACGUCUUAAUAGGGAUGACCGUAUUCGCAUAUUAACACUACGAGAAGCUGGUUUUACCUAUCUACAAAUCGCUUCACAGCUUCAUAUUACUCAUGACCAAGUUCAAUAUACGUGUCAAAGCCAACAAGCUACACCUAAAAAGGCUCGAGGCAGGACUCCAAAGCUCUCGGAAGAAGAUGUUGACCGGGUUAUUGAUUGGAUAAGCUCUUCAAAACGUACGCGCCGUAUGCCUUAUUAUAAGGUAAUACGUGAGCUUGAUCUUCCUAUUGGAGCUACCGCAUUGGCUCGAGCACUUAAAAGAGAGGAUAUACGCGUUGCAAAGCCCUACGAAAGCCUCCUCUAUCAGAUGAGCAUAAACGUGCUUCCAUAA